UUUGGAACAAAAUCAUGCUCUUUGCAACUAUUGAGAGAAUAAACAGAAACACGAUCUCAGAUUGAAAAACCAAGAAAUAUUUAAAGCAGCCCUUCUUCUAAUUUGGUUGACUCCGUUGAUUCUUUAAGUCCCUUUUUCUCUCUCUCUCUAGACUUCACCGGAGGUGGAAGUGUCAUUGCGGUGGAGAAGAUGCAGUGAGAGAGUUAACAAGAACUUGAAGGGAGUUAGAAUUACUGAUCGCAUUUUCUGAUGGAUGUUAAGAGGAUUUGCUUAUGGGCUGCUUUAAUGCUUUUCCUAAGCAAUUACGGUGGAGUGUGGGCUGGUGACAUUGUUCAUGAUGAUGAUUUGGCUCCCAAGAAGCCCGGUUGCGAGAAUGAUUUUGUGCUCGUAAAAGUUCAAACUUGGGUUGAUGGCGUAGAAGAUGUGGAAUUUGUUGGUGUCGGUGCUAGAUUUGGUAAGACCAUAGUAUCGAAAGAGAAAAAUGCUAAUCAAACUCGCCUGGCUCUAUCGGACCCUCGGGAUUGCUGCAGUCCUCCCAAGAAAAAGUUUCUUGGAGAUGUCGUGAUGGUGGACCGCGGAAAGUGCAAAUUCACAGUGAAGGCGAAUUUUGCUGAAGCUGCUGGAGCUUCAGCAGUCCUCAUUAUUAACAACCAGAAAGAACUUUACAAGAUGGUUUGUGAGCCUGACGAGACUGAUCUAGAUAUACAGAUCCCUGCUGUCAUGCUCCCCCAAGAUGCUGGUGCUACAUUGCAAAAAUUAUUAUCAAAUGGUUCGUCAGUUUCUGUACAGCUGUACUCUCCAUGGAGACCAGUGGUAGAUAUCGCCGAAGUAUUUCUAUGGUUGAUGGCUGUUGGUACAAUCUUGUGCGCCUCUUACUGGUCUGCGUGGAGUGCCAGAGAAGCAGCGAUAGAACAAGAUAAGUUCUUUAAGGAUGGUACUGAAGAAUUCCCGAGCAUUAAAAGCAGUGGUGGAAGCAGUGUGGUGGAUAUCAAUACAACAUCUGCAAUCUUGUUCAUUGUUAUCGCUUCCUGUUUCUUGAUUCUAAUUUACAAGCUAAUGUCGUACUGGUUCAUUGAACUCUUGGUUGUUCUCUUCUGCAUUGGUGGUAUAGAGGGCUUGCAGACUUGCUUGGUUGCCAUACUUUCUAGGUGGUUCAAGCAAGCUGCAGAAUCAUUCAUUAAAGUUCCCAUCUUGGGAGCCAUUUCAUACCUUACUCUAGCGGUUGCUCCAUUUUGCGUAGCUUUUGCCGUGGUUUGGGCUGUCUACAGAGAAGUCUCUUUUGCAUGGAUAGGCCAAGAUAUUCUUGGCAUUGCUCUGAUAAUUACUGUGCUUCAAAUAGUGCGGAUUCCAAAUCUUAAGGUGGGUACUGUGCUUUUGAGCUGCGCUUUCAUCUAUGAUAUAUUUUGGGUGUUCGUUUCGAAGACACUGUUCAAAGAAAGUGUGAUGAUUGUGGUAGCUCGUGGCGAUAGAAGUGGCGAGGAUGGAAUCCCGAUGCUUCUGAAGAUUCCACGUCUAUUUGAUCCUUGGGGUGGUUACAGUAUCAUCGGCUUUGGAGACAUCCUCUUGCCUGGACUGCUAGUUGCAUUUUCCCUCAGGUAUGAUUGGCUAGCAAAUAAGAGCCUACGAGCUGGAUACUUUUUGUGGGCGAUGCUUGCUUAUGGAUUAGGUCUUCUCAUCACAUAUGUAGCAUUGAACUUGAUGGAUGGUCAUGGCCAACCUGCGCUUCUUUACAUUGUCCCUUUCACCCUCGGUACGUUUUUAGCUCUCGGGAGAAAACGAGGCGAUCUGAAGCUUCUGUGGACUAGAGGCGAGCCGGAGAGGAUCUGCCCUCAUGUUCGUCUCGAGUCUACUCAAGAAUCACUCUGAAAAAUAUUUAUGUUAUAUAGUUAUGCAUUCCCUUCAUUUACACCUAUUCAUGGAAUCGCCGAACAAAUUGAGAGAAACAUAUAUACAUAUAUGCACAGAAACACCACUCAAGCAUAGACUUCGGUGCCGCCAAAGUUGAGAUGACUGCGGCGGUGGAUAUUUUUGAGAUGGUCUCCUACACGCUCCCAGCCGCGACUGGACUCACGCCACACCAACAUUCACAACAAGAAUGAAGCUUUGAAGUUUUAAAGGUUAUGUUAUUCGUUUAUUCUUUUGCGUCCAGCUUUCGUGUCGAGCUCGAAGGUCUCUUGUUGUGAAGUUUCGUAGGUGUUUAUGUUCUUAUUUGGUACGACCGUCGGGCAGUUAGAAAUUUUGCCAUGGUUUGCUUGUAAGCAAGGUUUAAGGAAUACCAAUUUUUGUAAACUUUGCUUGUGUUCGUAGGUAAAAUUUGGUGCUGGUAUGCUGUCUUGCUUAUGUGAAAAUGAUCUGAUUAAUUGAUGUGUGAAGGAAUAUAUGAACUUCAUUUUAAUGAUGUUGGGUUAUUGAAGUCGA